AUGCAGAUUCCAACUCAAGAUGGCGGCACUGUUUCUGUCUCUUAUUCUAUGAAUGCUAACGGUAAGAUUGCGUUCGGUGGAAUGCAACUCAGCCAACAAGGCUUCACUGGUGCUCAAGUGUGCCAAGGAUUCGAUGCAACUCAAGCUCAAACUCCGCAGGUCGUGAAAACUGGCUAUUACAAUACGUCAAAUGUCUUCCAUGAUGUCUAUCUUAUUCCAUUUCCUGCUGGUACAACAAAUGUCAAACUUCAAGCCAACUGGCACUAUGCUAUUGAAAAUGAAGAUUUGCCUGAUCUUGCUACUGAAGCAGAUCAAGGUCUGCAGUUUAUCCAAAGCCACAGAAAGGAAAGAGAUCUAUUUGGGUUGUACAAUCAUGUCAUCAUGGACAGUGGUUGCACAAACACCACCAUUUGUAUUGUGAGCUCAUGCAUGGACUUCUGUGCAACUGCAAUCAAACAAGAACAGCUCCUCUGA